AUGGAGCUCUCUUGGGGUCUAUCCCUUUGUGUCCUGCUCCUCUCAGCUUUAGGUGCUGUGUUUUCUAUAAAGAAUGUGCAGGGUGAUGAAAGACAAUCUGUGACUCUCAGUGUAAACUUGAGAGUCAACUUGUUUGAAAAUCAGCAGAUAAUGUGGUAUUUUAAUACAAACACUCCUGUUGCAUUUGAAACAACAAACAGCACGCCAAGUUAUAUUUGGGGGUGUACAGGCAGAUGCACCCUGUUUGAGAAUGCAACACUCCAGAUGGACAAUCUGAUCCCUGCAAACCAGGGCAAUUACACACUCACUAUAAUGAACUGGGAUACAGGAUCUACUGUGUCAGGGUCGGUCUAUCUCACAGUACAGAGAACUUUUUAUAUACAGCAUGUGCAAGGCAUUGAAGGUCAAUUUGUGACUCUCUGUGUAAAGCUCAAUGUGUUUGAAGACCAGAUGGCAACAUGGUAUUUUAAUAAAUCUAAUACGGUUGCAUCAGAAUCCACGAACAGCACACCAACAUAUUAUUGGGGGUAUGAUGGGAGAUGCACGCUGUUUGAGAAUGCAACUCUCCAGCUGGACAGUCUGACCCCUGCAGACCAGGGCAAUUACUCCCUUACUAUAAUGAACUGGAAUACAGCAUCGUCUGUGUCAGGAUGGGUCUAUCUUACAAUAGAGAGUCCACUUACCCCUCCAACUUUAAAAGUGAAUGUAUCUACCACUAAUGGCAAUACUUAUCCUGUUAAUGGCACCAUUGUGUCCCUCUGUUGUGAUGCUGGGGACCAGAAUGUGAUUAAUUACACUUUUUACCAUGACGGAGUGACUGCCUGCUCUCAGCCCCAUGUGACCUGUAACAAAAACUACCUGUACUUCCAGCCAAUCACGAUGAGUGACACCGGGAGAUACACCUGUAAAAUAGAGAAUCCUAUCAGCAGUAACACCAGCCAGCCACUCAGUAUAAUAGUCACAGUGCCUGUAUCAGGAGUGGUAUUGAGCAGUAAUGCAUCUUCAGAGCUGCUGUGGGCAGGGAAGGAUUCAGUGAAUCUAACAUGUUCAGCUCUUGGCACUAAUGUCACUUUCUCCUGGUACCUGGAUGGAGCACCAUUACCUCCAGACUCCAGUUAUGACUUUAUGGAUGCCAACUCCAGCCUCAUUGUCAGUCCCGUGGAGAGGACAGAUUAUGGAUCCUUCAUCUGCAUUGGCUCUAACAGUCUGAAUAGUGACACCAGUAACACCCUGACACUGAAUCUUGGAUGGUCUCCUGAUGAAAAUAUUCAGUGUAAUGCAGUCGAAUCUAAUCAAACGGUGACACUGAACUGUUCUUGGCCUGGAGGUAACCCUGCUGCAAAUGUUACCAUGAUAUUUCAGAAUACUGUGCAAAUAGCACAGGAUACAGUGACUAUAGAUGUGCCCCUUAUUGCCAUCUCCUCUGGGGCACAACUGACCUGCUUGGGUGCACAAGAAGGACAGAUUACAGUCAGCACCAUGAUCUUAGGUUCCUGCUGCACCAAAAUAUCGCCUGGUGGAACAGUCGCCAUUGUGUUUGGUGUCCUGUUAGUCCUAGUACCAAUAGAACUUGCCAGAAUUUACUUCAUCUGCAAAAAGAACAACAACAACACUCCAACCCCGACAAAUCCUGUAUAUGAGAAUGCAGAAGCCCAAAUGUCAAACGACACUCCAACCCGGAUAAAUCCUGCAUAUGAGAAUGCAAAAGCCCAAGUGUCAAAUGGCAAUAAUUAUGACCAUGUCAUUAUAAGUUCAGAGGGGACCAUGGCAAAAAAUAGGCCCCAGGAAUCCAGCUAUCAGGUACUUCAGUUCCCCCAUAUUGAUUUGUAUAGCAGUCUGAGGAAAACUCCUAAAUAAUCCAGAUUAUUCCCAAAUGCUGUGCUCUGUUCCACCCAGGCUGAGCCCUGCUCCAUUCAGACUAUGGCUUCUGCUCCACCCCAUUGGUGUGUUACAAUAAAUCCUACAUACACAGAAUACACAGUAUUAAAGGUCUAUUGAAAAUGCCUAAUGUGGAGAAUG